AUGGUUAUCGCCGCGCGCUUAACCUCAAGAUUCAAUGCCUAUUACGAUGAGCGACCCGUCCUCACCAUGAUGGUGACGAACGCGGUGCUCGGUGGCAUUGCCGACACCGUCGCCCAAUCCAUCACCUCCAUCAGACAACGAGCGCUCCGCAAGACAGUCGGCUCCCCGAACCCGCGAGACGAUCCCCUAGCCUACGAGAUCCAUGAACUCGACCGCAAGAAUCCUUUCCAGGAUCGAGAACUAAUACCCGAGUCUAAAUUACUUCCGCCGCCGUUUGACUUCGAACGUCUGACACGCUUCAUGGCGUACGGCUUCGGGAUGGCCCCCUUACAGUUCCGAUGGUUCAAGUUCCUUGAGAAGUCGUUUCCUAUCACAAAGGCUAGCGCUUUCGUGCCCGCGAUGAAGAGAGUUGCAUUUGACCAGCUCGUAUUCGCGCCAUUUGGUAUUGCAUGCUUCUUUACCGUGAUGACCGUUGCAGAGGGUGGUGGCCGAAGAGCCGUCUACCACAAGCUGAGGGACAUGUAUGUCCCGACGCUGAAGGCCAACUUUAUGGUCUGGCCCGCUGUCCAGGUCAUCAACUUCCGCUUGAUGCCGGUUCAGUUCCAGCUGCCUUUCGUGUCCACCAUUGGUAUCGCAUGGACUGCCUAUCUCUCCCUUACAAACGCCGCCGAAGAUGUCCAACCUACCCGCCCAUCUCCUCCCAACUCUCCCAACAUCCGCCUGGAAUGA